CAUACCUCUUGUUCACUGAUCCUUCAGCAUUACCGGGCAAAUCCACCUUCUCUCUCCCUCCAUUUUGAAAUUCAAUAACCAAAAAAACAGAAAAAAGGGAAAAAAAACUAAUCCUCCAAAUUCCCCCAAAAUCCUUAGAAUUCAACCACAUUGAUUCGGAUUCGGAAGGGCGGAGGCUCCCUCAUUCUCUACCCGCCCAGAAAUGGGGGAUUUCAAUUUGGCAUUAGUGAUCGUGGCCAUAGUCGUUUGUGUUCUCGUCUUCAUCGUCAAUCUCUAUCUCCUCGUCAAUUACCAGCACCCAGAUGACGCAAAUCAGGCUUAUCUCCCCAAAUUCGUCGUCGUUUUGGGCCUCUCCAUCGCCGCCAUCUCCAUUCUCAUGCUCCCGGCCGACGUCGCCAACCGGCAGGCCUGCCGCCACUCCAUUUACAACGGCGCUUGCACUCUCACGCUGCCGAUGAAGGAAUUGUGGCUCGCUGUUUACAUUGUCGAUGCCAUCCUUGUUUUCUUCGUCAUUCCGUUUGCGAUGUUUUAUUACGAAGGCGACCAGGACAAAACGGUGUUGAAGAGGAUGAAAAGCUCCUUGAUGUGGGUGAUUUCGACAGCUGUUAUUUGUGCUCUCCUUUUGGGAAUUUUAUACGGUGUUUUGGGUAAGGUGGAUUUUACUGUUAGGCACCUUUCCUCAUCCACACAAGCCUUCCCAUCAUCAUGGGACUUCUCCAGUGGUCAACAAUGUGUUGGUACUGGUGCUAGACAGUGCUCAGCAUAUUCUGCCAAUGCUGCAUCUGAGACGAUAUGGACCAUGCGCACUACCUUCCCGGAAUAUAUUGUUGCUCUUGCUACAAUUGCUGGAUCUGUGCUUUUUACUAUUUUUGGUGGCGUCGGCAUAGCUUGUCUCCCACUGGGAUUGAUAACUGCAUUUAUCCGCCGACCAAAAGCGGUUAUCACACGCUCACAGUAUAUCAAGGAAGCAACUGAACUGGCGAAAAGGGCUAGAGAACUAAAAAAAGCAGGUGAUGGACUUCAUCAAGAAGAAAGGAGUGGCAAUAAGGGAAGGAGAUGGCGUAAAAAUGUGAAAAGUGUAGAAAAGGAGCUACUUCUUCUGGAAGAAGAUGUAAAGGCUUUGGAAGAGAUGUAUCCUCAAGGUGAACAGGCUGAGGCAACCUGGGCUUUGACUAUUCUUGGCUACCUUGCCAAACUGGUACUUGGAGUUUUAGGGUUGAUUGUUUCAGUGGCUUGGAUUGCACAUAUAGUGAUAUAUUUGCUAAUUGACCCUCCUCUUUCAGCGUUUCUUAAUGAGGUUUUCAUUAAAUUGGACGAUAUUUGGGGUCUUCUUGGAACUGUAGCAUUUGCAGUUUUCUGCUUCUAUCUCCUGAUGUGUGUGAUUGCUGGGGCAAUGAUGAUUGGCUUGAAGCUGGUUUUCAUUACAAUUCAUCCUAUGAAAUGGGGAGCUACACUUAUGAACUCUUUUCUUUUUAACGUGGGCCUCAUUCUUCUGUGCUCAAUCAGUGUGAUUCAGUUCUGUGCCACUGCAUUUGGAUAUUAUGCCCAAGCUACUGCAGCUCAAGAAAUAUUUGGCCAUACGCUGCAAUCACUUCGUGGGAUCAAAUAUUUGUACAAGUAUAAUGUGUUCCAAAUCGGGUUCAUUGUUCUAGCAGUGCUCACAUUUGCAUACUAUGCAGCUUUUGUAAGUUCCCCUAAUCUCUUACCGUGCUUUGUUAUUCUUAUUUCAUAUCUGCGUUGAGCUCAGAGCCGCUAUGUGCAAUGCAACUUCCAGGGAUGGAGGAGAAAAAAACCUAGUGGCAGAUUCCAACUUUCUACAUGAACAUGUUACUGCAGACAACUUUAACACUGAAAUAUGGUGGACGACUCGAAUUUUAACUUUGUAGAGUGAUUAUCAUUAUUCUUGUAAAAAGAUCUCAGAUGCAUCUGCUGGGCUCUUGCUCUGGUGUCUGGAGGAAAGAUUAUAACCUUUGGCAACUAAUCACGUUCCAGCCAUAAAUCACCAUUCUUUUAGGUGUUGCAGCUGAUUCAUUGCCUUCCCAGUUCCCACUUUGUUCUUGACCUGAUGUAUGUAUCAGUUUGAUUAUGUUGUAAAAAUCUGUUAUCAGCUUGUGAGAUUUGAUGUACUAAUUCAAGAACUACUAUGAUGUAACAUGUCAUCAAUUAAAGUAACAAUUUGUCUA